AUGUCCUUGUUUCCCGCGUACUCUGGCGAAAAUAAAGACCCUCAUAUAAUCAACCAAGAGUCUACUGACCCACCUUCAACAUCUGGGUGGUUGGAGAAUACAAGUUUUCCACUCGACGUCAUCAAAUUCACAACCGGACACUCCACACAAAAUCAACUUGCAGAAGAUCUAAACUCAACCACCAGCGAUGGAUCAUCAUCGUCCGACUCCAAUAGUGAAGACAGUGAUGGCGAAAGUAAAGCUAAACAAAGAAGGAGAGAUAAGACAAAAGAGAAAAGGAAGACAUCAAAAGAUAAGACAAAUCCAGUGCCAACUAUUCCUGAACCUCCAAUAGUUCCAUCUUUAGAUUUUACUGGCAAAGAAGAAUUUUACGUAGAUAAAAACAAGGCUAAACAAUACAAUUCGAUAAAAACUUUGCAUAAACCCGCGUGCCCACGCUAUCGCGUACAUCAUUACACUUUGGGACGUAACUAUGGCUAUGUUGGAAAAGUAAAAUUAAAACGUUAUUAUAACUGCAUAAAGUACCUGGAGACUAUGGAGAAAAAUGACAGUGAUAACUAUCCGCUCACGGAAAAUGAGUACACCUCGAAAAUGGGCGAACUCAAUCGUAAAACAAUGGAAAAUUGCAGAGAAAUACAAAAUUGGCUAGAUCUAAUUGCUCUGCAAGAUCGUAAUCCGUACAAAUGGUCUCGUUUGAGAAUUGCCGAAAAGAAAAUCGACUAUAUUGAGAAAGCUUUGAAUUUCCACCCAUUUCAUAAGGAUCUGUAUUCGGUGUACAUAGACACCAUUACACAGUGCUAUACCUCUCACGACGUCAGCAAGAUGUUGGACACAUUGUUGGCCAAGGAUCCGCACAGCUUGAUUUUGUGGCAGGCUCAAAUUAUGUGCACGCAAGGUACAAUGGCCAGAUGUACAGUGCCCGAUGUACUGCGAAUCUAUGAACGUUGCAUGAAGAAAAUGUUUCACAAUCCGAAAUCCCAGCAUGUCGCUACGGCCGGUGAUCAGGUGAUGAUGCAAUUAUUUUAUACAUGUGCCCUCUUCUUGCGUCAAUCUGGCCUCUAUGAACAAUUUAUUUCGUUAAUCAAACUAUCUGUGGAAUUAAACGUACCUGCCAAUAGUUGUAUUCUCGAGGAUUUGGAGCCACGCGAGCAGGACGAACAAGCUUGUGUAGAGUUCGAAGAACUGAUUUUACAAUCGGGUCUGCCAAUGAAUGAGAUUUGGCUGCGAAUUGAAAAACUAAGACAGGCGUUCUUUUUCCUACCAUUUCCUGGUGCGUCUGCCAAAUGUUCUGAUCCUCAAAGGAUUGUUUUCAACGAAGAUGUCUGUCAUUACGUGUAUCCGCUGCAGUCGAGGGAACACUCCUUGAAAAUACUACUUUUAAUUGUGAAACUUUUGAAGGUUCCAUUUGUUCACAGUCAUUGUUUAGCAAUGCACCUAGAGGGAGAUACUGACGCCAUUGAAGAUAUGCUAGCCAUCUACCUAAAUCCAAAUUACCAUUUAUCCCUGGAUCAUAAGGAUUUCUUUGAAAGCCUCUACGAUCUAUCCAAAGAGAUGGCAUGUAAUCCGAGUUUCUUAAAUCAUUGCAUAGGUCAUGAGAUAUAUUCGGAAUGUUUGCAAAAGUUCCUAUUAAAUUGUUCAAAGGCCUAUGAACAAAUUGACGACAAGAAACGAUUAUUGUUCCUGGUGUUAUGGUCAAGAUUUCAAUGGCUUCUUUUGAAAUCGGCAGAAUUUAGUAAGAAAUUAGACACAGAUUUUGUAAAAAGUGGUAGAAAGCUUUUUAAGUCAUUACUAAAGUUGCCAAACAAUCGCAACUGCCUAACGCUCUAUGUCGAAUUUGCUCGUUAUGAAUAUGCAGCCGGUUCGCCUUUGGAAACUGUGGAGAAUAUUUUUAAAAAUCUCAUAACGGCCUACAACCAAGAAGAAAAUCUUAAUUCCGAAUUGGCAUAUGUCUUUCUGACAUAUGGCGAAAUUCUUCUGAACUCAAAGAUCACAGAAAAAGUCAGUAUAAUACUGUCAGGAUACGCGCUGAAGGCUUCGGAUUUUAAUCAUAUAACGAAUGCCAAAAAACUUGUUGCUCUAAACGUGCUCAAAGAAAAAGUUGGCAAUCUCAUUAAAAUCGAAGAGAAUGUAAAUAUUAUGUUGUUGGAACAAUACCUUCUGCCCGAUAACACAGUAACGCAUCUGAAAAUGUACACACUUCUGCUGUACGUGCUACAACAGAAGCAGCAGGCAUUAGAAUAUCUUCAGAAAUUGUUGGUCCAAUUCAAUUCGAAGGAGAACUCAAGGCAUCAAUAUCUCAGGGAACAAUUCUAUGAAAUCUAUAUCAAUAUUUUACAGAUGCCCGGUGGCAAUAGUUAUAUAUCUCACGCAUUGAUACAACAGAGCAUUGAAAAGGGCCUCAGCGACUAUCCCAAUAAUCUGUUUCUACUACAAAAAUGGGGCUGUCAAUCUUCUUUACCUUGGUUUAAAUUACGACACGGAUAUUUAGCCAUUGAGACAUCUAUUAAAUCCAUAGUUUUUCUCAUUGCGUUGGCUCGUUGCCGAUUUGUAAGCAGUUUGUCCGAUAUCAGUGGUAUUGAAUCGAGCAGUAAAUUGUCAGAUGCAAAUUUACACUAUCAUGAAACGAUAGUUCGGCAACGUAUUUUGAAUUUGUUUAAAAUGGUUGUCCAUCUUCAAAACACAAACUCGUCGUCGUGUUUGACGCAGUCGCCCUUACUGGCAUUGCGACGCAACUCAUUGUUUUGGCGAUGUUAUUUACGCUGCUUGUCGGAUCAAAGCUGUUCUUUUGAAUUGAGUAAACAAUGUUUAUUGACCGCACUGGACGAGUGUCCCUGGAGUAAGGCCUUGUAUCUGGACGGUGCCACCUUCGUACCACAAGAACUAUCACAUUUGCAAGAUUUAAUUAUCGAAAAACAAUUGAGAAUAUAUGCAUUGCCAGAAGAGUUGGAAAUUUUACGAGAACGUUAA